AUUUCAUGGAAAAUCAUGCCACGCACAUUUCAGGAAGCCAUAUUAUUCACACGGAGUCUUGGGAUCUGGUGUAUUUGGAUCGAUAGCAUAUGCAUUGUCCAAGAUGACGCAGAAGAUUGGCGGACCCAGUACAGUAAGAUGACCGAUAUCUAUGGAAACCCACUUCUUACACUUGCUGCUAUACAUCCAGAAAACUGCUACACAGGAAUCUUCGCAAAGAUGAGUUCUAUAACAGGUCACAUAAAAUUUCUGAGCUUUGGGAUGGUGGCAAGAAAUGCCAGCUCUAUGCGAGGAAUUCGUUUCCUAGUUUCCAUUCACGGAGAUCUCUCCAAUGGAAACUAUUUAUCCCCUCUUUAG